AGUGUUUCAAGAUCAUAUACAUGUGACAUACUGAACACAGGAACACACACUUCAACACGCUUCAGCACAGGACCUGCAACUGAAGAUCUGCUUAUUUUCAUUAUGGGAACUGAGAAUAAGGUGAUCAAGUGUAAAGCGGCUGUCGCUUGGGAACCUGGGAAGCCUGUCUCUGUAGAAGAAGUUGAAGUUGCUCCACCUAAAGACCAUGAAGUGAGAAUUAAGAUCGCAGCGAGCGGUGUGUGUCACACAGACUUGACGUAUCUGUAUAAUUGUGAUAAAGGAGUGAAGACUCUGCCGUUUCCUCUCAUUCUGGGUCAUGAAGGCAGCGGUGUGGUGGAGAGUGUCGGCCCCGGGGUGACCGCUGUGCAGCCUGGUGAUAAGGUGAUCCCUGUCCUCCUGCCUCACUGUGAUGAGUGUCAGCUCUGUUUAAACCCAAAGACGAACCUCUGCGCAAAGAACUGGGAGAAGCUUCAGCAGUGUGUUCAAGCUGAUGGUGUGAGUCGUGUCACCUGUAAAGGGCAGCAGAUCUAUCAGUUUGCAGGUGUGAGCACUUUCUGUGAAUACACCGUCGUUCCUGAAUACAACGUCGCUAAGAUCCACCAAGACGCAGUGCUGGAUAAAGUCUGUCUCCUCGGCUGCGGGGUUGCUACGGGAUACGGAGCAGCUCUGAAUGCGGCCAAAGUGGAGCGCGGUACCGUCUGUGCCGUGUUCGGACUGGGAGCCAUCGGUCUGGCCACUGUGAUGGGCUGUAAAUCUGCAGGAGCCUCCAGGAUCAUCGGCGUCGACAUCAACUCAGAGAAAUGUGAAGUGGCCAAGAAGUUCGGUGUCACCGAGUUCGUGAACCCGAACGAUCACAACAAACCCAUUCAGGAGGUGCUGAUGGAGAUGACGGGUGGAGGAGCAGACUACAGCUUCGAGUGUGUGGGGAACGUCACACUUAUGAGGGCGGCGUUCGAGAGCUGCAGCAUCUCCAGUGGAGUCUGUGUGAUUGUGGGAUGGACUGAAAACAAUCUCAUGUUGGUGUCACCUAAAGAUCUCGUGUUGGGACGAACACUUAAAGGAUCCUUCUUGGGUGGAUGGAAGAGUGUGUGUAGCGUACCCAAACUGGUGGAGGACUACAUGACCGGGCGAAUCAUGCUGGAUGAGUUUGUGACACACACACUCCCUCUGGAGGGGAUUAACCAGGCCUUCGAUCUGAUGACCAAAGGGAAAAGCAUCCGAUCGGUGAUUAAAAUGUGAGCUUCGAGUAUCGAGUCUCAGGUCUUUAACCGUGAAGACAUCAUCAGUCACCAUGACGACCGCAUCGAUCACCAUGACAACAGCCUCCCUUUCUCACACUGCACUGGGCCUCAGAGCUUCUGUUCUUCUGUAAAGUUUAAAGGGAAACACAGAUGAAGACUGAAACUCAGGACAGGAGACGACGUGUCUGUGGUUAAUGCUGCUGGUCGUGUGUUUGUGCUGAAAUAAAAAUAUAAACUGUU